CUCUUAACGGUUGAUCAUAGGCUUGAAGAGAAUGUUGAAGAGAGGGAGCGUGUGACUGCAAGUGGUGGUGAAGUUGGAAGACUCAAUAUUUUUGGGGGUAACGAGGUUGGUCCUUUGCGAUGCUGGCCUGGUGGAUUAUGCCUAUCGAGGUCAAUUGGUGACACUGAUGUUGGGGAGUACAUCGUUCCUACACCACAUGUUAAACAAGUGAAACUCCCGAAUGCUGGAGGAUGACUGAUCAUUUGCUUCAGAC